GUGUUUAAUAGUGAGGUUACAUUGGUUACAUUUAUGACUUUAAUUUAUAAUUUAUUAAAUAAUGAGAUAAGAUACUAUAGAGUAUCUAACCUAUCAACUAUCAACCUAUCAACUGCAAUGACAUAGCCAGAUUUCAUAAAGAAAUUAAAGAAAGUGCCAAAUUCACAGGGUUUUUUGAAAAAUAAAAUAAAACAAAAUCCAAUUUUUUUUUCUUUGAAAAAAAUCAACACAUACACAUAUACUAUGAUAGACCAAUUAAAAUAUCUGAUAAUAGCAACUGAACGGUUAAAUUGACGUCACAUAUACAACAUUGUGUUUGAUUGUAGAGCUACACGAUAAAUAAUUCCACCAUUAAAUCAUUUUACUGAUUAAUUGUGCUACGACUUUCAAGGACUUUUCUAUCUUGUGUAUGUUAUUUUUUCAGACCGUUGCCUUUUGGCUUCUCUGCACUGAUAAACCCUUUGAAAGCCACCGACAUUCCCAUUGAGAAACAGUGACACAGACGCAAGUCCAAUCACGGGGUAAUGAUUCAUGAUGCUUCGCCGUGUAUCAGCCCCCGUCCUCAGACUCCCACACAGCCACCGCCACCAUCACCAUCAUCAUCACCAUCUACUGUUCAUUCAGAAAUUUCCCUGUCGUCCCGCUCCUUAUGUCUCACUCCACGGGGACUGUGCGGGUUCGCUGUCCGUGGUGCUGAAAGUCCCAAACAACUGUCCACGGUGCUGAAACACCCCAACAGAGAACCACCAGGUGGGACUUUGUCCGUGCCCUCCUGCCCUUUAUUUUCUCUUAAACCGUGUGCAGACAGGUGUGAGCUUUACACACUUUGAAACGAAUCUAUCUAUCUAUCUAUCUAUCUAUCUAUCUAUCUAUCUAUCUAUCUAUCUAUCUAUCUAUCUAUCUAUCUAUCUAUCUAUCUAUCUAUCUAUCUAUGCUACUACUGCAGUGCUUUGGGCUCACGCAGGUGGGGGUUAACUUUCACUUGCAAUAUAACACUACAUUAAAGACUGAAAUGAAAACCCUGUGCGAAACGUUGCAGAAACACCGCGACUAUCUUGAACGCAGCCCGCCCGGAGUACUACAGUAACACUGACUACAGUUACUUUCAUUUUUUCAUCCUCUUCUCCUUCUCUCGUCUCGCGAUAGAGCGGCGGAGUGGUUUGACGGGCAGUCGAGGUUGCAGCAGGCAGAGGGAGACGGUGGAAGGUAAAGCAGGGAGGCAGCAUCAUGGCGGACAGAGACAGUGGCAGUGACCACGGAGGGCCCACCGCAGGCCCCGGCUCGCUGCCCCCGGGCGCGAUGGGCGCCAUGUCCCGGCUGCAGCAUGACACCGAGGAGCUCGCCUCCAAGCGCGUCGACAUCCAGAACAAGCGCUUCUACCUUGACGUGAAGCAGAAUGUGAAAGGCCGCUUCCUAAAGAUAGCCGAGGUCGGGGCUGGGGGAAACAAGAGCCGCCUCACUCUCUCCAUGUCUGUCGCCGUGGAGUUCCGCGAUUAUCUCGGGGACUUUAUCGAACAUUACGCCCAGCUGGGCCCGACCAACCCGGACAUAGUGCAGGAUGAGCCCCGGCGGGCGCUCAAGAGCGAAUUCCUGGUGCGGGAGAAUCGGAAAUAUUACAUGGAUCUAAAGGAGAACCAGAGGGGGCGGUUCCUGAGGAUCCGACAGACCGUUAAUCGGGGGCCCGGAUUGGGAAGCGCACAAGGCCAGACCAUCGCUCUGCCGGCGCAGGGUCUCAUCGAGUUCCGCGAUGCUUUGGCUAAACUCAUCGACGACUACGGCGUGGACGAGGAGCCGGCAGAGCUCCCGGAGGGCACCUCUCUCACGGUCGACAACAAGCGCUUCUUCUUCGACGUGGGCUCCAAUAAGUACGGAGUCUUCAUGCGGGUUAGCGAGGUGAAGCCCACGUACCGGAACUCCAUCACGGUUCCCUGCAAAGUGUGGUCCAAAUUCGGCAACACCUUCAGUAAAUACGCGGAGGAGAUGAGGAAGAUCCAGGAGAGGAGUAGAGAGAAACGGGCCUCCGAACUGCUACCUGAGGGCCCGCACGGCGCAGAUGAUGGAGACGAUGACUGACGCGGAUUUCAAGCAACCAGACAAAACCGAACUGUGAGACAAAAACGAGACUUUUAACUGUAAAAUAGAAAGAGAAUUUCCAAGGGAAUCACCCCCACACACAACCUCCACAGACAUGGCAGCACCUCUGCUGCCUCCUCGCUCAUUUUACUGGAUGUCACCCCACUUACCACCCAUGUAACAGUAAGCCGCUGCUAUCAAGGAUCGAACUGUAAGAUAUGAACUGUUUCCUACUUGAUUUAAAUGACAAUGAACAGAGUGUUUAUAUCUCUAUCGACGACAGAUUUUGCACACAUCAACAAAAAACAAAAAAACAAAAAACAAAAAAAAAAACACAGAAGUUUAAAUGUUUUCUGACUGGUAAUAUACUAAGAUUUGAUCAGAAAAAGAAAACCAGAGGUCUAUUAUAUAAAAAUGAUAGUCUUCAUGUAGAACGAAUAUUUGACAUCAGCACAAAGAGAAUAUAUUAUGGACUUUACGAAACCAAAAUCGGAUACCAGAUGUAUAGUUUAUUAUAAAGGUACGCAGAAUAAAUAUGAAAGCGCUCUAAAAGUGUAUGAAUCGCAGAACGCAGCACUACAGGCCUGUAAACACCUGUCAGCAUGCGUGUAGGCUCAUGUUUUGUAAAAGAAGUUGGCAAAGUAGGCUUUAAUUUGACUCAAAAAAAAAAACAGAACCGUAGUCGGCUAAUGAGAGCAGUUCUAUCAUGCCAUAGAGGAAAGUUGGAGACUCGAAACUUAACAGCCUAUUUUGUGCGCCUCAAACAAACGAGAUAAAUCUAUAUCUCCGAGCUAUUGAAUAUCAGCCCUCUUGCACCAUGUCCAUAUAAACUUAAAUGAAAAAAAGUGCUAACUUAGAUGUACUAAUUAUGAUUUUGUGAAUCAGCUGUAAAAAAUCCUUAUUAAGAUACCCACGUUUUCUGUGGGUUAAGUUUUUUCUUUGUUACUUUGUUGUUUUUUUUCCUCUUGGGGAGGGGGAGGGGGGGGGAUGCAAAACAAACAAAAAAAAAGAUGAGGUCCACUUGUGGGAGCGCCAGGCGCGGAAACAAAAAAAAAAAACUAAGAAAAAAAAAAGACGCGUCAGCGCAGCGCGCGGCGAGGCAACGCAUCCUCUCUGACGUCAUUACGACCCGUGCCUUAUACACUCCACUCGUUUACGUGUUCUCACGUGGAUGGUCUGUGACCUCGACCGCUGUACGUUUUAUUUUACGAGUGCUGUUAUGUAGGCAGAAAUAUAUACUCAGCAGGACUGUGGGGUUGACACCCCUGCAGUGCAUGGAGCGCGUCUGGCAACACCUGAAGAAGGCUGAAGGGCUGCUGGGAGUUUUUUGAGAGAGGAGGGGGCCCCAGCAGUGCUACAGGGUAGGAAGGGCUAGGUUUGCAAGGGGGAAGGUGGUGGUGGUGGUGGCUCACUGACAACAUGGAGCCCAGAAUCCCUAGCAGCGCCCCUGGCUGGGUGGCCUGUCACAGAGUAGAGAUGUAUCUCCCUGGAUCCAGGGAGGGACCCGCGAUGCUCCGUCUGUGGCGACACCGACUGCGAGCACGGAGACAAAAACUGGAGCUGUUUAUGGGCGGCUUUUGCAAGGCCGUAUGCACCGUGUACAAAAAAUAAGAAGACAGCAACAACAACAAAAAAAAUCAGAAGCGACUGGAUGUUUGCUAGAGCUGAGAUGGAUGCUGUUUAGGAGCCGGGCAGGCAGCCAGCCAGGCGGGUCAGCCGGUCCCAUGCAGUCAGUCUGAGUGCAGUCCAGUGGAUGUAGAAGCCUAUCGGUGCAGGGCCGAGGCAGUAUCUAUAUCUUUAUGGUGCUACAGCCCCUUGAUCGUUCCCACGGGGGCCUCGCCGCUCAGAAUAUGUCACUUUUGCAUUAUUGUUAUUCUGAUGCUUUUUUUUUUCUUUUUUUUUUUCCUCCGUUUACUCCACAUUACAUUGUCCUAAAUGUGUCAGGCUUCAGCCAGAGAUGAAGCCCGCCGACUAGCAUAGGACGUUUCAUAUUAGUGUGCAAUAUUGUGUACGUGCCAAUCGUGGCAUUGUAUCACGUGUAUAGACUAUUAAAAAGACGAAAUAAUGUACAGGCUAUGUGAUAAGUAGAUAUUUGAAAGCAUGAGGUCGAUGCAUCUGCAUUAUAUUUUCCGAAAUGUGAAGACUUUCUUCUCAAGCACUUGCUCAAAAUGAAAAAAAAUAAUAAUAAUAAUAAUAAUAAGUCAGACUAGUAGUGAGGUGUUUUUUCCUGUCACAUUCUGUAAACCAGUAGGCUGCCUUGUCCGUCUCUCAGUGCGCGUAGAUUAGUGUUUUAUGUCCCCCAUAUGGAGUCACCCCCGGAGAAAGGCCCUGUCCUCCUUUUUUUUUUUUUUUUUUUUUUUACUCUCCAAACACACGCAGCAGUCAACAACCACUGACUGUCUCCAUGUCAGCCCCUCUGCACUGGCCUACACUGAAGCUGAAUAGUAUCUUGAGGCUCAGGUCCAGGGGUGGCCAACACACACACACACACACACACACACACACACACACACACACACACACACACACACACACACACACACACACACACACACACACACACACAUACAGUCUCCCCCUGCUGAGGCCUCUUGUUGCUGUCUGAGUGUUUGGGAGGCCUGUAAAGUAUUUUGAAUGGUGUCUAGAGCUACACAAGGCCUCCUGUCAUUAGAAACGGAGUGCUUGGAGCCUGAGUGCGACCCCCUCUCACCCCCCCACCCCACCCCCUCUCUCGCCUGGGACGGUCGAUCACAGGACAGGUAAACUCCAAGUUGACUUUUGUGCGGCUUCGCUAGAGCCGGGCGACAGCGGUCAGCCGCAGCAGGCCCAUCGGACAGAGGAGUUUGUUGUCGUUUUUUUUUACAAUGAGGGAUCCUCUCUGAUGUGGGCAGACUCUGAUCUCCUGCCUGCUCCUCUUUCCUUUUCAGCUCAGGCUUCAAAGCGUAACAAAAAAAAAAAAAAAAAAAAAAAAAAAAAGGCCCGUCUCAUUGUCUGUGUGGCAAAAGUUGUCAUAAUGCGUCAUUUAGGUCACAUAGUCCAUUCGUUCAUUUUGACCCGAACUGAUCUUUGGGCUUACGGCGAUGUUCUUCUUAACAAUCAAAGCACGCAAAGCGUUGAGAUCUUCGAUCAGGUUUAUUUAAAGCAGGUUACAACAGCUUAUACAUCUGAGCCGGGCAAGGGCCCCGUCAGGGUGGCGUGCCACUUAGUGACAUGGCAGGGGAAGCACAGACUGUAUGGAUGGGGAGCUUUAGAGGCCUCAGCUGGAUUGAACUGGCAAAUGCAUUUACAAGCCCGGGACCCACCAGACCUGCAGGAAAGCUAACGCUAGGCUACAGCAGAAUUCCCCAGAGCAUGCUUGGGCUGAAAAAAAGGUACUAGACGUUCUGUUGGAUCCUCUCUUUAAAAUGGUGAUCUAUGUUUCGUUGGUCAUGCCUGUGGCAACAAAGCCAAGGGAAAGUGUUCCAGAAAAUCCCAUCUGUUUGGCCCACGUUUGUCUCGGAGUGACGGUGAAAGGCCUGAUGAAGCCUGGCACUGUACUGCAGGGGCUUACGAGCAGCAGCCUACCGCGACCUUCUGACCCAGCUGUUAGACUGAUCCAGUUAGGGACUUUUCUCUCCGUUUCGGAGGAGUAGAGAAAAUCUGUUUCCACUCUUGCUGAGAUGACUCUAUUUCCUCACACUGCCCUGUGAAUUUAAUCAAAAUCCAUUGAACACAUGUACAAGCCACCUAUGACUAUGUGCUCAGCAAAGCACAUUUGAGGUCAAACUAAGUUUAUCUUGAGGUCAGCAUGAGUGUGGACUCUCUGUUGUGAUACAGCACUUAUUCCCCAAAGUGUUUUAGCUUUAGCUUGAUUGAAUUUAGGUCUCCUGGAGGCUCAUGCUACAUGAAGACUGGAAAUACAACACUUCCUUUCUCUCCGUCUCUUUCUCUAAUGGCCAAAUAUAAGGAGAGCCUGAACCUGCUCAUAGAGUUCACUUUGUGAAUGCCUCACUCUGUGAAAUGCACACUUUUUUUUCUUCUUCUUUUUUUUUUUUUUUUUAAAGACGUGUUGUCUUCUUACAGACUGUAAUCGCCUGGUGCUACUGGGCCGGUUGUGUUUUCAGUGCAGAAAGAAAGUUUCUGUUGCGAGAAACAUGACUUGUCCAUUUUUUGGAUCGCAGCUCUGUCUGAGUUACAAAGGAAGGGGGAGGGGGGUGCGCUUGUGAUUUUUGCUGAUCAAAUCUGAUUCCUCAUUUGAUGAGAGCUCACCCAGUGUCACAGCAAAAAAAUAAAAAAAGAAAGAAAGAAAGAAUGAAAGAACUCUGGAGUGACCUUGCAGCCAUGUUGUGCCCGCAAUUACACGGCCAUUCAUUUCUGGGACUCAAAUGCAAAACGGUAGGCAGAUGUAUUCCGUCUUGUUUUCUGCACUGUCCUCGGUGGCUCCGGCUCGGUUGGGCAUACGAGAGUGAUGGUUAGCAUUAAUGAUGUUUCGAUUUAUAAUCCAGCUGCAGCCAUCGUAGCAAUCACGUCCAUUUGUGCAAUUAGAUUUAAAAGAGCUUCGUUUAUUGUCACUCUGUCUACAGGCAAUCCGGACCAUUCCUUACAAAACGGCGGAGAAAAUGUAAAUUGUAGAUUUUAAAAAGUUCAGCAGUUGCUAACUUGUUGCUUGUGACUCUGUGUCAGAUUGCUAGGAUGGCUCCAACUGCGGAUUGCUUUUGUCUCUUUGGGGAGAUUUCUUCGUGUUUCUGGCUGCGGCCGGCAGCAACAUGUGCAUGACUUACUAACAGCAAACUUCCAAGAGUGAAACGUGAGUGGCGGCCGCUCGCCUCCACCUAAAUGUACUGACUGAAAACAGACUGAACUUCCAUUAAGGUGUUCCAGACAACCAAACACGCUCUUGUUUCUGGUUUCAGUGUUGUAGUCUUUUUCAUUGGCCACUCAGAGUUCCUGGUUAAUCACACAGCCAAUCGCAGCCUCUGGUCAAAGCCAAGCACUAUAUGACUCAUCACAAACCACUGACAGAGGAGCUCAUUCAGCACGUCUUCUGUUUGCACACGCACCAAGUAGUAGGGUCCAUCAUGUCUGCAGACUGUAUAGGCUACUGUUGUGUAUAGAUAUAAAGACGUUCUUUCAGAUGUUUUGAAGAUGUCGGGGAACAGAUCCUGGAUUUAAAGGGGUGGGGGUCAAUGCACAAUGAACAUAUCCCAUGUCACCGUUUGGUCUAAAUCCCUUUACCAUCCCCAUAUGAGAUAAUAUGUUGUAUCUUUCAAGAAAUAUUUUAUCUGUGGCGUGUGUGUGUGUGUAUAUAUAUAUAUAUAUAUAUGGUUUGUUAUAUAUGAUGCUCCUCCUUUCAGAAAAAUAUAACAUGUAAACAGGAAAAACAUAUUGCUGUUUUUUUCCUUUGUAUUUUAUACUUACAGAAAGCAUUGAAUAAAAUGGAUAAAUACUUGCACUUUAGAUAUAUUAAGAAAAAUAAAAAUCUGCAUAUUAUUUUUGAUAGGGAUCUCACAUUUAAAGAGUAUAAAGUACAGGCUUUGUGACUAUUGCUGGACAGAGAUGUAUUGAGUUCUACUUAUUGAAGUAUAUUUUGUCUGUGUGUCAGAAGGUUUACUAAAGUAAAUUGCAUGAUAAACUAGUGCUACACCGAUAUUGUUCUUUUUUUGUUCUCUCUUUUUUUUUUUAGUUGGUAAAAAUGUCUGAAAACUGUGAUAACAACCCUCUUGUAUCAUGUUUAACCUCUCGUCACCCAUCCUAGAAUAUUUCUUACUGAAAUAUGGCCUUUCCUGACUACAUGACGAUGGUGCUUACUUUGGCUUUGACAUCAAGCUCAUCCUUAGACAUCUCAACAUCACCAUAACUCGCGUCCUCACACUUCAUUACUUUCUGUUAUGUACUCUCACUACCUUAUUAAAUUUCCGUUGAUGGCAAAAAAUACAAAAAACAAGAAAGGUGUGCUGUUUUGUACGUUGCUGUUUGUUUUAUUGUUGGGGGAGCCUUGUUGUCUGAAAAAUGACUAAUCGCGCAAUAAAAUGUCAUUCCACA